AUGGCUUCACAGCAUCACUUGAAUGACAAUGUCUCCAGCGUAUACUUCAUGGAUUACCAACAACUGGGAGCUUCUAUCCCUCAGCCACCAGCCCAUCUUCUGGCUAUUUGUACGAUCUUGUAUGUGAUCAUAUUUGUGCUUGGUCUGAUGGGCAACAUAGCGGUCAUUCUGGUGGUGCUGCAGUGCAGAUCGAUGAGAACAUCCAUAAACCUGCUGUUUCUGAACUUGUGUUUAGCUGAUCUGUUUGCCUUGGUCAUCACUGGACCGACAGUGGUUGUGGACAUGUUUGCCAAGGAAGCCUGGUACCUGGGCGCUUUCAUGUGUGA